AUGGCGGAGCUGUCGCAGGCUGAUGAGGCCAAGCUCGAAAAGUGGGUGGCGGCGAAGAGGUCAAAAAACUUUGGCCUCGCUGAUCAGAUCCGCGCGGAGCUGGAGGCAAAGGGAAUACGAGCCGAGCAGGGCAAGGGCGGCGGCAGCGGCAAGGGGAUCGGGCACCCGCCCAACAUCGACCCGAGCGUCGGGGACUGGCACUGCGCCUCGUGCGGCAACUGGAACUGGGCGCGGCGCAAGGAGUGCAACCAAUGUCACGCGGCGAAGGAGGGUGUGAUGCUUGUCAAGGGGAGUGCGACGGAGCGGCGCAAACGGCGUGCGACGGAGUCGGCCAGGGUAAAGGAGGAGAACAAGGCCCAGAAGAAGAAGUGCCCGUACUGCCACCGCGCAGCGUGCAUCUGCUGA